GCCUCUUGUUUCACGCUCGUCUCACACACCACGCUAAAAUAAGGAUAUGUCUGAAUACCUGCUGAGCUCCCUAUCGAGGCUGCAUAUCAACACAGCGAAGGCGCGCACAACUUUUUUUAGCCCGUCGUGGCACGCGCCACACACUGCCAAACCAUCAGCUCACUAGUAAGGGUGUGCGAAAAGUUUUGAGCACGGCCAAGCUGUUCAAAGCCCCGUGUGCUGCUCAACACAGCUCAGUCUGACAGCCACAUCUCAUCGAUCAACAACUGAUCAAUAAGUAACUAUCGGAAACUAAUCGACGACUUUUUUUUUCCUCAGCAUGGAAUCGUCGGCGGACAAAAAUAUGGAGAGUAAACAGAAUGCCGCGAAACCGCUUCAUCUGCGCUAUUUAGUGUCUUUUCCAACCGCAGUGUGUUUGGUGUUAUCGCUGAGCUCAAUAGCGGUGUGUUUUCUCAUGGCUUUUAAAACGCAUCAGAUGGAGAGCAGGCUUCACGAGCUGGAGAUAAAGAUGACUGACAUCUGUCAAGAAUCAUCCGCCGACGUCUCUGUUUCACAGGAGCUGCGCAGAAUACAAGAGAGGCUGAAUGAAGUGCCGAAGUUGCGUGUGGCGAGAGACGUGACACCAGACUGCAACUGUCCUCCAGGGCCCCCUGGGAAACGUGGACGGAUGGGCAGAAGAGGCGACCCUGGACCCCCAGGCAAACCUGGGCGUGAUGGUUACCCGGGUCCGCUUGGUCUGGAUGGCAAACCCGGUGCUCCUGGACCUAAAGGAAGCCAGGGGCUGCCGGGACUAAAAGGAGAUAAGGGUGACCAAGGAGACACCGGACCAAGGAUGGUCUUUCCUCGCUACGAUCAUGGCUACAUCUCGGCCGAUCAGCCCAGUUUCCAGAGGCGUAUGCUGAAGGGUGAUCAAGGACAAGCUGGCCCACCUGGACCUCCAGGCCCUCCUGGAGCACCCGGUGCACGAGGACCCCCAGGAAACACGGGGAAGGAUGGUCCCCGUGGCCCACAAGGAGAGCAAGGUGCUCCAGGACAAGAUGGAGAACAGGGACUAAGAGGUUUACCAGGAAAUCCGGGUGAAGCUGGUGAUCAGGGUUACCCAGGACCACAGGGACCCCCAGGGACAAAGGGCGAGCAGGGAGAAAGAGGCUUUCAGGGUGAGAGAGGAAUCGAUGGGCUACCAGGGCUGAAGGGAGAUAAAGGUGAUGUUGGAGAACAAGGGCCUCAGGGUGAAACGGGUCGCCCCGGUGAGAAAGGCAUGUCAGCAUCUGGUGACAUCAUCGACUUCAAUGGAAAACUCUUAGAUGCCUUUCAGGCCAUCAAAACCAUCAGUGUCUCGGGUCCACCUGGCCCUCCGGGACCACCAGGACAAGAAGGUCCAAAGGGUGAACUUGGCUUACCUGGACCUGCUGGGGUCGAUGGUGAAAAGGGUGAUAAGGGAGACACUGGAGAGCCUGGUGAAUCUGGAGAGAAGGGCGAGAAGGGAGAAAUGGGCCUCUCGGGUCUCUCUGGAAUGGAUGGGCAGAAAGGAGAGAAAGGAGACUCUAUACUAGAAGACAAUCUGGUUCAGAUGAUUUCACAGCCUGGACCCGCAGGACCUCCAGGUCCACCAGGACCACCUGGAUACAUGGGUCAUCGUGGCAUGCCAGGCCAAAAAGGAGAUUCAGGAGAGAGUAUUAAAGGAGAGAAGGGAGAAACCGGUGCUCCAGGAACACAAGGCCUUCAGGGUCUUCAAGGACCACCAGGAACAACAGGAUUAGUUGGCCUCCCUGGAACAAAAGGUGAAAAGGGAAAGCAAGGGGAACCUGGAUUAGAUGGUUUUCCAGGUAUUAAAGGAGAUCGAGGUGAACGAGGAGAGAGAGGAGAAAAGGGGGAUCGUGGUCCUGUAGGAAAGAGAGGCCUGAAGGGGAAGAAAGGCGAGCAGGGGCCGCCAGGUCUGGAUCAACCCUGUCCUGUGGGAGAUGAAGGAUGUAAGAAAGAGGCAGUAGAAGCGGGGUCUUCAGCUCCUGAGGCCCCCUGCCCGCUGGGUCCUGAUGGUCUUCCAAUACCAGGAUGCUGGCACAAGUGAUCUAACGUGUGGCAUGACGUCUGUACAUAUUGAUGUGAUAUAUAUAUUGCAAUUUUAUACCGCUUUUUUGUUUACAUUUUAUAAAGACAAGAGACUUUGAUAAACAUUCAUCAGUGUUAUUUUUGGACUAAACCUCUUUUUUAUUUGAAUUUUGGGAGCGCUGAUUAAUGAAUGUCCAUUUGAGCUAUAGAAUACACUUUUUUUCCUCUCGAUUUCCUGGAGCACAGUGUUAUUCAGCUGCCUGUAUGUUGCAUGGCAUGCCGGAGCAAGCAAUACAAGUAUUUCGCAUCACAUUCCACAUUAUCUUUCUGAAGGAACAGGGAAUGAUCCAGAAACUCAAGAGGAAACGUCUUUCCCAGCCCUGAUGUUCUUCAAGAGCCUCCAAAAGGAGUUUUCAUGACUUUAUAGUCACUCGAGGUGACGGCAUCUCAAUAACGUUGGUUAAUAUUGACUGUCCUCAAUGCACAGGUGGAAUGAGGGGCGCAGAAACCCUUUCUAUGGUCAAUACUUUUCACAGAGGAUCAUAACAGAGAUGUUGGACGAUCAGGGCUUCAUGGAUGCAGCUGCUCUGAGGGAAAGCAAGUCUUGCAUAAGACGUGGAGAUGAUUUACAGAACAGCUCAGUUUUGUUUUGUUUUUGAGAAUAUUGACGAACAGUAAUUUAUAAUGAUUGAUUUCUUAUGUUACUGUUUUAUGUGUGUUUUUAAAGCAUUUUAAACCAUAAUCAAAAACACCAGACUUAAACACAUACAAAAGCUGAGUUCAGGACGGCGAGCAUUAUUUUUUUUGAUUUUAUUGAUAUUAUUAUAUAUGCUGUUAGACAUUGUAUUGUAUUUUUGCGGUAACAAUUUACCGCAACUGCCCCUUUACAGUAACUUACGUGUAAAUGUGUUUUACAGUAGCAGGAAGCAGUAAAAUAAGCAAGAAAAAUAGCUUUACCGCAACUUCUUUUAAUGGUGAAAUGCCCUUUACUACAUUUUAAUUUUACAAUUUGACAAUUUUACAGUAGUUUUACUGUAAUUUACUUACAUUUGGUAUUGGUAUUAGUAUUUACUGAGAUUAUCAUUAACUGUCUCAAUUUUGUGUUCAACUACAGUAUAGCAGUACUUUGAUUACAGUAGAUUACCGCAAAUUCCUAAUAUGCAGUAAGUUACUGUUAAAUUUUUAUAAUUACCCUUAAUUGAUAGCAUAUUACAGUAGUGAACUGUUAAGAGUGCAUGUGGUAUUUUACUGGGCGUUUUUGCAGUAAAUUACUGUAAAACAAAUUGCGGCAAAGUUUAACAGUGUACUCAAGUACUUUGAUUACAGGAGGAUACCGCAAACUCCUAAUCUGCAGUAAGUUACUGUAAAAGUAACCCAUUAAAGAACGCAUAUUACAAGAAUACAUGUGGUAUUUUACUGGCCGAUUUUGCAGUAAAUUACUGUAAAGAAAUUGCGGCAAAGUUUAACAGUGUACUCAAGUAUUUUGAUUACAGUAGAAUACCGCAAAUUCCUCACAUGCAGUAAGUUACUGUAAAAGUUACCCAUAAUAAAAUGCAUAUUACAAGAAUGUAGGUGGUAUUUUACUGGGCUUUUUUACAGUAAAUAUCUAAAAUAAAAUGCGGCAAAGUCUUACAGUGUACUCAAGUAUUUUGAUUAUGGUAGGAAACCACAAAUUUCUAAUAUGCAGUAAGUUACUGUAAAAGUUACCCAUAAUUGAAUGCAUAUUACAGAAGUGAACUGUUAAGAAUGCAUGUGGUAUUUUACUGGGUGUUUUUUUGUAAAUUACUGUAAAGAAACUGCGGCAAAGUCUAACAGUGUACUCGAGUACUUUGAUUACAGUAGGAUAUCGCAAAUUCCUGAUAUGCAGUAAGUUACUGUAAAAGUUACCCAUAAUAGAGCGCAUAUUAUAUGUAUGUGGUAUUUUGUAGGUGGUAUUUUACUGUCCGUUUUUACAGUAAAUAUCUAAAAAAAAAUUGCAGGAAAAUCUAACAGUGUACUCAAGUAUUUGGAGCGCAUGUUACAGUAGUGAACUGUAAAGAAUGUAUGUGGUAUUUUACUGGGCGUAUUUGCAGUAAAUAACGAUAAAAUCUAACUGUAAGGGAAAGUUCAUCCAAAAAAAAAAUAAUAAUAAUAACAUUAGCUGUUAAUUUACUUAGAUUUACAUAACAUUGUCAAGUCAGUGGCUAUUUAGAGUCAAAAAACAUAUACAGGCAAAGCUAAAUUAAUGCGCAUUGCUAAUUUAGCGUUUUUUAUAAUUGACGGAAGUUGGUAUAUUUAUAGUAAAUAUAAAUUUUUUGGGUGAACUAUCGCUUUAACAGACCAAUCGGUGAUAAAAAAUUAGAUUAUUAAAUCAGCGCAACAAUAGUGUUAUAUAUUCUAUCUGAUCAUUUUUGUUUCUUAAAUACUACUGCAUUUACGUUUCAUUGCUCGUAUUUGUUGUGAUGCUUUGUAUGAUAUAUGUUAACUGUGACUACCUGCCGUUGAUUUUUGACGUCACAACUCUCGACACGUAUUCCAUAUUAUUGUUCGAAGUAAUUUAUGUGUUAUACUGAUGUUUGUUUGGUUGUUUGAAGAUGGCGAGUUUUUGUAACCUCAAUAUCGCCAUCUGGAGGACUCAAGUUUAAAGCCGUUUUUAAAUUUAUUAUAUUUUACAGCAUGAAAGCAAAUGAAACCUUCGAGAUUCCGCUUUAUCGAUCUCAUUUUCUUUCUCAGAAUUGAACGCAGAGAAAAGACAUCCAGAAGAGAUGUUUUGGUUUUUCUUUAAAGAUGUUUUAGCAUGUUCUGCAUACAUUUCCAUUAUAGAGUUCCCGCUUCUUCAGGGGGAUAUCGAACGAUAAACAUAAGCUUUUCUCAAAUACUUAUUGUUAAUAAUCAAAUAACCAGUGGUCAGUACAUAUAAACGUUUUUAUUUGUGUAACAAACAUUUCAGUUCCUAAUUUUUAUAAGCCUCACGUAGUUUAAAUUGGAUUUACGUAGUUGUAUAGAUUGACCAAUAGAACUAUGGUUACAAAACCGAAUUUUUAAAACCUUUUUUGUUUAUUGACUUUUAAAUUUCUAUUUUCCUUCCUGUAAAAGAAUGUUUUAUUUUUAAAAACAUUGAAAAGUUUGCUGCUGACUCAGUAUUUGUAUUUAAUAGUUGAUAUGGGUGAAGGAAACACUCCUACCACUUGCCUGACAGCAAUCACAUGCAUUCUGUGCUUUUGAAAGUGUUUUAUAAAAUACAAAUUAAAGUUUGUUACUAUA